AUGAAUAUACCAUUUCCAAUUCUAUAUCCACGUCUGGUGGAUCCGUCUUGGUUUAACGCCGACAGCCCUUGUGAUGAGGACGCCGAGUUGACUAGUUUAGAACAAGCCCAUCAACAAUGGCUGAACUCUGUUGGAAACCAGUAUAUGAAACGUACACCACUUGGUAAGAUAGAAGCUGAACCCAUGGAAGAAGAAGAUGAUUCGGAUGAAGAGGGCAAUGAUGAAUCGGAUGAUUCCGAAGAAUCUCAUGAUGAGGACGAGGAAGAAGAGCUGCGCACGUAUUCCUCCCCACGCAAUAACAACGUUCUCGAGGCAGAUUCUUUAGAAGAACCCACAGAAGCACCAGACCUUAGCACGCCCGAUCAAAGCGCCCAUUGGAAUGUACAGCAGUAG